UUCUUCCCCAGUGUGUUUUGUGGCCGCGCCUUUCGUAGACGGCGAGCAACUGAUACAAGAGAGAGAGAGCGUAUCUUCACCACCGAGUGUUAGCGAUGGCGCCUAAGCAGAGGACUCCAAAGGUCACCAGAAACCCGGAUCUCAUCCGAGGGAUUGGGAAAUACUCGAGGUCCAAGAUGUACCACAAACGAGGCCUUUGGGCUAUCAAGGCCAAGAACGGCGGCGUUUUUCCCUGCCACGACAAGAAGCCCGCCGCCGACACCCCGGCUGUCAAACCCCCCAAGUUUUACGCCGCCGACGAUGUCAAGAAGCCUCUUGUGAACAAGCGCAAGCCCAAGCCCACAAAGCUCAGGGCCAGCAUUACACCUGGUACUGUGUUGAUUCUUCUUGCCGGGAGGUUCAAGGGGAAGAGGGUUGUGUUUCUGAAGCAGCUUUCUUCUGGCUUGCUUUUGGUCACUGGACCAUUCAAGAUUAACGGAGUUCCUCUAAGACGUGUGAACCAAUCUUACGUUAUUGGAACUUCAACUAAGAUUGACAUCUGCGGGGUUAAUGUUGAUAAGUUUGAUGACAAGUAUUUUGCAAAGGAAGUCCGGGCGAAAAAGAAGAAGGGAGAAGGCGAAUUCUUUGAAGCAGAGAAGGAGGAUAAAAAUGUACUGCCCCAGGAGAAAAAAGAAGACCAGAAGGCUGUUGAUACACCCUUAAUUAACUCCAUAGAGAAAAUUGCAGAUUUGAAGACUUAUUUGGCCGCGAGGUUUUCUCUCAAGCAAGGCAUGAAGCCUCAUGAGCUUGUUUUCUAGAGACGAAGCCGAAAAGUAUUAGAUUUUGCUUUCCUAUCCUACAAACUUUCCAUUUUUGUUUGAACUCGAUCUUAGUAGCUGUACUCUUUUAAGUUUUAUUUGUAAUCGACAUCUGAUGAGAUGUUUCAUGCGUUGUGCGAAGUUUCUUUUUCCUUUAAAUUGAAUGAGGCUUGAACCUAC